AUGGCGAAGAGCGACUCGAAGAAAAGGGCCAAGCUGAUGGCAAAGGAGUGGAAGAAGUCCCGGAGCAGCACGAGAUCCCUCAACGACCUGAUUGGAGAUAUUGACCGGUGCGUAGUGUACAUGUCACUGGCACCUGGUAUGGAAAAUCCUGCGGGAAUGGACCCGCCGGAGGGCGAUGCUGCUCAGUGUCCUCAAUACACUUGUAGUGAGGAGGAACAGAACCACCCUGCCCCGACCACCGAGGACAGGGUGGCGGGGAAAAGGCCAAUGGCGGUGGAUCCAUCUCCUGUGGAGGCGCUGCCGGCGGAGACCAGCCAAGCUCCGAAGUGUCGUCGGCUCGUUAGAAUCACUGGCGACGACGAGGAGGAGGAGGACGCUGCACCCUAUUUGGUCCAAAGGCCGCGCAGUCGUCCAGACGUCGCGACAACCACUACUAGUUGGGUGACCAGUGACCCUCCUGCCCCACAUGCCGAGCCGACGCGUCUUGGAGAGACAGGAGUGGCGGCGGCGACUGGUAGGACCAGGAGGAGGUUCUUCACAGCGACACACAUGCGCUCCGAUCUUGCCGCGUCUGACGUUGAUCCAGACAAUGUCGUUGGCCAGAAGACGGCCGAGCCGACGGUUGUCGUCGAAGAUGCCGCGCAGCAGACCACCCAGGAACAAACCGAGGGGCAGCCCACGGUGGUGAGCGCGGUGGAGACUACCGAGGAGGACCCAGCUCAGGCGAGAACCGGAGCGAGCACCCCUGCAAGGCAUGAUGAGGCUGCGAGGACUCCUCCCUCGAGCAGUGUCGCAGAGGAGGGAGACAGAGCCCCGGCACCCCCACCUGCCGAAGAAAGGAGGGCCCCAACUCCACCCCGAGCAGAAGCCUCUUCGCCAAAAGGCUCCCCUAGCUGGGAUAAGGGUCCAGUGAUACCUGUGACCAUGGCAGGGGGUAGCGCAGAGGGCAAGGAGGCCUAG